CAGCAGCAGCAGCUCGACCAGCGGUUUCAGUUGACAUCGGGCUACCGUACGGUGCGGAUCGUUCCCCCUUCUUUUUGGUGAAAGCAACUCUACUCCCAAACUAAAACCUUCCAAGUGUUAGAAGUCGGCGUGUGACGUGAAAUACAGAAUACAAUCCUUUUCACAAUGAGCUGCCCAAUGAGAAGUGGUUUUGUCGAUUCGGUGCAGGGUGGACACCAUCUCGGGUCGGAGGCGGGCAUGCUGUACGGCGAGUACCUGAUGCUGGACAAGGUGCUCAGUGCGCAGCGCAUGCUUUCCGUCGAGGGCAAGAAGCCGGUGCACGACGAGCAUCUGUUCAUCGUGACGCAUCAGGCGUACGAGCUGUGGUUCAAGCAGAUCAUCUUCGAGCUGGAUUCGAUUCGCGAUCUCUUCAGCACCGAGCACAUCGAGGAGUCGCGUACGCUCGAGAUUCUGAAGCGUCUCAACCGGAUUGUGAUGAUUCUGAAGCUGCUGGUGGAUCAGGUCCCGAUCCUCGAAACGAUGACACCGCUCGACUUUAUGGACUUUCGCGACUACCUGUCGCCGGCGUCCGGCUUCCAGAGCCUGCAGUUCCGGCUGCUGGAGAACAAGCUCGGCGUAAAGUCGGAACACCGCGUCAAGUACAACCAGAAGUACACGGAGGUGUUUGCCAGCGAUCCGGGCGCGAUCGAGCGGAUCGGUACCACCGAGACGGAACCGUCGCUGGCCGAUCUGGUACAGAAGUGGCUGGAGCGUACGCCCGGGCUGGAGCAGGAUGGGUUUAACUUCUGGGGCAAGUUUCAGGAGAGCGUCGAGCAGCUGCUGGCCGAGCAGGAAGCGAGCGCAAUGUCGGAGGAGCAUGAGAACGUGCGCGAGUAUCGGCUGAUGGACAUUGACAAGCGGCGCGAGGUGUACAAGUCCAUCUUUGACGCGCAGGUGCACGAUGCGCUGGUAGCGCGCGGUGAGCGUCGCUUCACGCAUAAGGCGCUGCAGGGUGCGAUCAUGAUAACGUUCUAUCGCGACGAGCCACGGUUUAGCCAGCCGCACCAGCUGCUAAUGCUGCUGAUGGACAUCGAUUCGCUGAUCACCAAGUGGCGAUAUAACCACGUCAUUAUGGUGCAGCGUAUGAUUGGCUCGCAGCAGCUUGGCACCGGUGGCUCUUCCGGAUAUCAGUACUUACGUUCAACCUUAAGCGAUCGGUAUAAAGUGUUUCUCGAUCUGUUCAACCUGUCCACGUUCCUGAUCCCUCGCCAGUCGAUACCACCGCUCACGAACGAGAUGCAGAAAGCGCUCAACCUCGCCUGGGGAUCGCCGGCCCACUUCGCACGCAACGGUUCGUUGCACUAAUCUAGAUCGGGGAAAACACAGCCACAACCCUCAAUGCCCCAGCACCUUCAAGUCUUCUUUCACCGAGCGGCAAGCUAGUUGAUUGUCGGAUAAUGGGUUGCCGGUAAUCUCGUUGCGGUAAUAUCAUAUUGCAACCUGUCACCCGUGUAUGAUAUAAGGCGACCGUUUUCGGUGCAAAUUGAGAGCAUCCAAGAUGGCCUUUCUCUGUUUGCCGGGGAGUUUUGUUUUGUUUUUUUUUUU